AUGACUGAAGCUAAUAACAAUAUUGAUAACAACCCAAUGGAAGAAUCCAUAAAAAACUUUAAACGAUAUUUGAUUGACGUCAAUAAUGAAGUUGCAGAGGGCAUAGUCAAUUCAGGCUUAAAAUGUUUAAUUAUCACUUAUAAGGUUGCAAAAAAAUUUGAUUUUAUAAAAGAUAAAAGUUUACUCAAUAGUAAAGCUAAUGCCAAGACAUAUAUUAUCAAUAAAGUGAUAUAUAAUAUUGCUAAACAAGUAUCAGAUAAAAAAAAUCUAAAUCUCUCUUCACCGAUUACUAGAGAUAGUGAAGCCUGA